CUUCCUAUUUUAGGUACCCCCACAUCCUUCUCUCUAUGCUUAGCUUAGCAGCAAGCAGAACGCCCCAGCUUAUAAUCAUGGGCAAACAAAUCAACAUUGGGAGUCUAUCUCAUCACGACAGCAACCUUUCUUCAUCUUCUACCACCACCACCACCACUUCCUCUUCCUCCUCAUUUUCUACCACUUCCAAUGCCUUAAAUUCACCUUCAACAACUUCAACUUCAUCCUCCCCCUCCAGCCAAAGCACAAAGGCCACUACUUCCACUAGAACUGCAAAAGCCAGCAAAGCCCAAGAGAGCUCUCAAGAACUCCAACAAGUGGCGAAGAUCAAUGGCAAUGAAAAUCAGCCUAGGAAGAAGCAUAAAAAUGGAGAUGAUGAGAAGCAUCCGACCUACAGGGGAGUUCGCAAGCGCAACUGGGGCAAAUGGGUGUCUGAAAUUCGGGAGCCAAGGAAGAAAUCAAGAAUAUGGCUCGGAACAUAUCCCACGGCUGAAAUGGCGGCUAGAGCCCAUGAUGUAGCAGCUCUAGCAAUCAAAGGCCACUCGGCGUAUCUCAACUUCCCUCAUGUGGCUCAUGAACUUCCCCGUCCGGCCACCACUUCACCUAAGGACAUCCAAGCUGCCGCUGCCAAGGCUGCAGCCGCUACAUUUCCCGGUGAAAACGGCGGAGGAGCCGAAGCCGAGCCAAUCCAAGCCGAGCUGACUAACUGUCAUUCUUCAACUGAUUUAUCCUUGCACAACAUGCAAGAAUCAUCAAAUUCUCCAUCCACAGACGAUGAUAUUGAUGACACAUUUUUUGACCUGCCCGAUCUUUCCUUUGAUGUCACAGGUGCCACAGACCAUCUGGAUGGAUUUAAUUGUUUCAACGGUUCAUCAUCGUGGUGGCCGCAGCUGCAUCUGGCUCCAGCAGCCGAGCCAGUAUUCCGGCUUGAAGAGCCAUUCUUAUGGGAGUGCUACUAGCUUAGCUAGCAUUAAAAAAAAAAAAAAAAUCAAAAGAAAUAAAAUUUUCAUGCCCCUGCCCUUUUGUCUACAAUCACUAACUUUUAAAAAAAAAAAAUACAUUAAUUGCAUCUUUUUCUUGUGUGGUCACAAUUGCAACUGUAUAUUAAUUGCAAAACAAGAAUCCAAAAAAUCUGUAAAGCCAUGUUCAUAUUAAAUCAAAAAUUGAGUUUGUUUAUUAGUUUA